GAAUGAAAUGAGAGAGCGAGCGAGAGCAAGAGCGAGAAAUUGGGAAGAAACAGAGAUACCACCUUAACAACAGCAGAUCCUCCUCUGUACUGGGACUGGGACGAGAGACAGGAGCAGGACAUGGCUGGGUACAGGCCGAGGGUGAUAGUGCUGAGUAAGAAGCCAGGUCAAAGUUUUGGCUUCCUCUUGAGGGUGGAGCAAGGAGAGGAUGGUCACCUGAUCAGGAACCUGGAGAGGGGCAGCCCGGCCAAGCUGGUGGGUUUGAAGGACGGAGACCGCAUCCUCCGGGUCAACGGGACCUAUGUGGACGAGAUGGACCACACACGGGUAGUGGACCUGGUGAAGGAGAGUGGUGCAUCGGUCACCUUCCACGUUCUGGAUGUGGCAUCCUACAAGCAGGCUAAGACUGAGGGGGUGGACCUGUCUGACCCACACGCCACACCCACCCAGCACGCCAUGAACGGGGUGGGAGGAGGGGCGCCCAAACCCAAACUCUGCUACCUGGCCAAGUCCAGCGGGGGCUACGGCUUCUCUUUGCGCUCUAUCAAAGAUGAGAGGGGUGACGUGGGCAUAUUCAUGACAGAGGUGGCUCCAGGGGGUGUGGCCGGGAGGGCAGGGGUCAAGACCAACGACCGCCUGAUAGAGGUCAACGGGGAGAACACGGAGAACGCCACUCAUGACCAGAUAGUUGAAAAGGUCAAGGCAUCAGGCAGCAGCGUCAUGUUCCUAUUGGUGGAUGAGGACACAGACAGGUUCUACAAGAUAAAACGCAUCAGGAUAGGGGCGGGGCUAGCCACAGCGAAGCUCCUCCCACUGAAGCCACGCAUCGCAGACUUGGUCAAAGGAUCAGACGGCUAUGGAUACUUCCUAAGGACUGAGCCUAACAAGACAGGCCACUUCAUCAGGGACAUUGACAGGGGUAGCCCAGCCGAGAGGGCAGGAUUAAAGGAGAUGGACAGGCUGGUUGCCGUGGAGGGUGUGGAAGUGGAUGGCUGCAGCCAUGAGCAGGUGGUGGACAGGAUCAGGCAGUGUGGCAGCAAGUGCUGCCUCCUGGUGGUUGACGAAGACACUGACAAGCUCUACAAGAUGGGAGGCGUUUCUCCUCUGUUCUACUUGGAAGAGAUUAUGGAAUCCCUCCUUCCAGCAACCCCUCCACCCAGCUACCCAGAGAGCGUGCUGGCCCCGGUCCCAGACCCUGUUACCACAGACCUCCUCAAGCUGUGCAAGAUGGAGAAGACCUCCGCCGGGUACGGCUUCCACCUCAACGGUAUACAGGGAGUCGUUGGCCAGUAUGUCAAAGAGGUGGUGAAGGGUGGAGCCGCGGACAGGGCUGGUCUAGAGGACGAAGACAUGGUGGUGGAGGUGGACGGUGUGAAUGUGGAGCAGAGCAGUCACGAGCAAGUGGUGGGGUUGAUCCGUAAGAGUGGCAGCUCGCUGGUACUCCUAGUUGCCGGGAAGCAGGCCAACGACCACUUCAAAGCCAAAGGGGUGGCCAUCACUCCUCAGCUCUUCGUCCCCUCGUCCCAAGCCAGGUCCCCAUCCCCAGCCCCGUCCCCGUCCCUAGCACGAAGCCACACACCAGCCCAGAUAGACACUCCAGCCACUCUGGAGGAGGUCCAAGAGGAGGAAGAGGAGGAGGCUGCUGAGCCAGACACCGCGCCGCACCAGGCACGAGAGAGGACUCCAUCUGUGUCAUCAGCAGCAUCAUCUUGCUCGAGCGUUGAUGAGAGACUCUGAGAAGUCACCAAUGAGAAAUAAUUUCCUGUUAAGACUUUUUCUGUCUCCCAUCCUUCCUUUGCACCAUGCUGGAUAAUGCAGGUAUCAAGAACUCUGAUCAAACUUAAUACAUUUCAAUGACAGAGGCUGGUUUUAGGUAUCAAUGCAAAUCGGUUGAAAAUAGCAAUAAAUAGCCAUUAAUGUAUUGAUCAGUUAGAUAGCACUGUUAUCCAACCAGCGUAUGGAUCAGUAUAAUCUCAUUACGAACACCUGCAAUGUAGACCGAGAACACUAGUAAUGCCAGUUCAAUGUGUUUAACUGGAACAGUAACCAUAGUGAGAGAGGCCUACUGUACUACACCUUAAUAAUAAUGCUGUCUUUUAAAUAUCAUUAAAAUGAUCAAAUACAUUUGAUUUGUUUUA